AGGUAGGGGCUGUGAGUUGGUGCCUUUCCGUGGCCAAGUUUGGUCUCCCCCCCAAAACGAGUCAGGUCCGUGCUGUGCCCCGGCUGAGCUCGCUGCGAUGGCAUCGGUGCCCUCCGCCGGCUGCCUCUUGGCCAAGAACCAGUACUACAGGACACGACAGAACUCAGAGUGCAGUGUUUCUUCCAGUUCAUCCUUCUGUUCUGAUCCUGUGAACGUUACAGACCAGGACAAAACUCUUAAUGGUUUACCUGAAUUAAUUGAUAAAAGUUGGUGGAUAAAAAGCUUCUUCCAUUGUGAACCAUCUCCACCAACUGUUGGCCGAAAAACACUAUCGGCAAGCAGUACUAACAGUUGAAUGCCUGCAAACUGGCUUUCGUCACUGAGAUGAGAUACUACCUACAGACUUGUUUKCAAGAGGCUUGGGAUCUUCUGAAUGUCUGGGUUCAGGUGCAUGAAGAGCGCAUACCACUUCAAGAGGGAGAAAAGUGUUUCAAAGAAUUUGUCAGUCUCUUACAGUAUAUUGCUUUUAUGGACUAGACCAUGAUUUACUUUGUUCAUAGCAAUUCUGUUUAAAUUUGAAAUGCCUCUCAUAGAACUUGCCUGGGUAAAAUAUCCAAAUGACCUGCUUGAAUUGCUAGAAAAUAUAUUCUUUAGGGGAAGACUUCUGUCUUAAGGGAAACUUGUGUAUGGAAUGACUUUGCAAUAUGUGAUACUCUUCCAUAAAUUUUAGCUUUAGGAUUACUCUGCAGAGGUUCGCACUGAGGUAAACCAGAUACAAGUGUAGCAGCCCUUGUUUGGACUUCGUGGCUAAUGCUUUACCAGAUGCCUGUGUACCAGCCACAGGUAACAAAGUUCAGUACAAGAUGUGAUCUAAAAUUCAAAGUGGAAGCCCCAUUAUACAGAAGAAGGUGAUUAGUUUGGUCUGUCUUCUGGCUAAACCUCAAAUACACAGGUACAAUAUUCAUUCAUGUCUAUGCAUGAUUUUAGCCGAAGAUAGAAGAGAUUGACAAGAAAUCCAUAAUACUAAUGGACACUAUCUUCCAAGCAGAAGAGCAACUUUAAUCAGAGCUGAUGCUCUGUCUCACUUGAGCUGUUCUCACCUGCUUUGCAGCUUAAAGAACCACUUGUUCUCAAGUGACUAAUCCUAUCAGUGUUCACUGCUGCCUGUCAGCUUAGUUUUAUCUGGUGUUAAAGCUGGCUUUGAGUUGAAUCAAAGCAAUCACAUUAAAGUUUUUAAUCAAAUUCACUUCUGUCAUUAUUAUCUCUCUUGAAAAAUACCCUAACAUAUAUUCAUUUGGUCUUUCACACUGUAAAGCCGUACAUCAUGACUGCAUCAUAGUUUAUUUGAGUCUUUUAAAUGGGCAUGAUGGAAAUGCAUGAGAAUCAAAGAAAAUAACAAGAAAUACUUGGCUGGAUGACUUUUUCCUUUACUUUUCUAUACAACUUGAUGAAGUAAUGYCGCUAAAUAAAUUUGAUCACUGGAAUAAGUGAUUUAAUCACUGAAGUAUUAAGAUCAGCCAUUAUUACCUAUAUGUAACACUCAUUAUAGAUUAAUUGUUCUCAUGCUAGAAAGGACAGCAAGUGACUGGCUGAAACUUUAUAGUCUUGUUAGAGAUAGAUACAUGUCAUAGAAAAAUUAAAGAACACAAAUCUGGAAAGAUGUACUUUUUCAGGAAUCCUAAGGAUUGACUUAUUGCAUAUCUUUUUUUUCCUAUCUUAUUGCUAUUGUACUGUUUCACCUUUGUCCUUCCUGCAUGUACACAAUGAACUAUUUUUAUACUAAAUUUUUGUAUUAAUAAAGAAUUAGUA